AUGAAAGACUUGAACGACAACUUUGCUGGUUUCUUGGAACGGAACGAAAACGGCCAAUCUCGUCUGACGAAAUCAAACACAACCGGUCCAAGAACAUCAAGCAAGCGUUUUGAGGAAGAUUCCAAGUCUGGGCGUCCGUUUGCGGAUUUUUGGACCCUGGGUGAAACGCUUGGAGAGGGUGGAUAUGCAUGUGUCUUCCGCGCCAGGCAUAUUCGAUCCGGUGAUAUAUAUGCUGUAAAGGAUAUCGAUACUGCAGCACUUGAAAAGAACUCUCGUAAUGCAUUGAAGGAUGAGAUAGCCGCGAUGAAAUUAUUACGUGGAGGACCACACAUUAUUCGUUUGUUGGACGUGUUUGAGGAGCCCGAUCAUACAUUCAUGGUAAUGGAAGAGUGUCGCGGCGGCGAUCUGUUGACAAGAAUUACAGAAAAGGAAGUUUACACGGAGCGGGAAUGCCGAAAAACCUGCAAGAUUCUUUUCCAAGCCAUGGACUACAUCCACAAGAAAAAGGUCGCACAUCGUGAUAUCAAGCCCGAGAAUGUCCUGAUGGUCGAGCCUGACGAUGAUCACAGUAUAAAAAUUUGCGAUUUUGGAUUUGCCAAGCGAGUGACAAAACCUUUGUGUUUGCGAACUCUGUGCGGUACAGCUCAAUAUGUCGCACCUGAAGUGCUUGACCUACAAAGCGCGGGAUACGACUUUCGGGCAGAUAUGUGGAGCGUUGGUGUAGUCGUCUACAUUUUACUUGGCGGCUAUGCACCUUUUGAAGGACCUGUUCAAGAACUCGCUCGGGCCAUUUGCAAAGGAGACUACUACUUUCAUGACAAAUACUGGGCAGAAAUAUCCGAAUUUGCAAAAGAUAUGAUUAGCAGCCUAUUGCAGGUCGACUGCCACAAGAGAUUAUCUGCCGAGGAAGCGUUGCAGUGUCCUUGGAUGA